AUGGAGAACAUUUCUACAGCGGUAGCAACCGUGGGGAAACUGAAACCUGAGAUUCGUCUGGCUCAAACCAUUUCAGAAUUCAGCGUUUCUCUCAAGCGCCGUCGAGAUGACUCUCACAUCCGCUUCAAGAACUUGCAGACAAGAAGUCCACCAACCGCCAUGGAGGUUUUGCAAUUAACAGAAGAGAUCAAUCGAGAUGGGGCUCACCGUCACCGGUCUUGGAGGCCCAACGCCACCCGUCUCGUCACUGUUCUGGAGAGAAUUUGUCAAUUCGCCCCUAUUGGCGACGUCCUUGUUGGAGGCGCCCAAAACCUCUUGGCGUCUGGGGUUUGGGCCACGGUCAGGAUGACUCUGGAGACUCAGGCGUACAUGUGCGAGUAUGUCAUUGUUUUCAUCAAAAUAUGCAAAAAGAUCACCAUCGACGCCCAUAAAUCAUUUGCGUCUCACCUCGCAACGUCUUUCACUUCCACCUUCGACUCGGUCUUCAAACCACUGGAAGACGACUUGCGAUCAUGGGGUCAGUUGAUUGAAAAUCGCGUAGCAGUACUCGUUGCAAAGGCCAAUGUUGAAAGCAACUUGUCUUCUAUUGAGAGAUUCAGCCGAUUCCAGGUUAUGAUUUCCCGCGAUGCCGCUCAUCGGGACCGAGAAACGCGUGCGCAUCGACUUUUUGAAGCCUUGGCUCCCAAUCAGAAGGAGUUCGAGUCCAUUUGGACGAGGGAGCGAAAGAAGGGGACCUCUAGUUGGAUCCUAAACGACAAGAGCUACCAAGAGUGGCUGGGCACAAAGACUUCAGCAACGUUGUGGCUGCAGGUCUGGCAAUGUGUACUGGUCCUGGAUGGCUUGGACGAAGCUCCUCUGGAAGAGGUGGAAUCAGUUCUCGACCUGGAAAGUUACAUAUCGGCCGAGGUCGAAAACUGGAAGCUCAUCAGGCCAAUAUCAAGCAGGCUUGAACAGCUAGUCAAGGAACAGCUACUAGUACGUUCUCAGGGCAUGUUUCUGUGGCUCUCACUGCAGAUUGAGGCCAUUUGCCCCAAGUACACUCGAGAACUUCGUUCUGAGUCUGAAAUUCUCGACAUCAUCAACAAUCUUCCCCGAAAUCUUCCACAGGCGUUUGAUCAAGCAAUUUUAAGAAUCCCGGACAUGAAGUACGGAUCGCGAGUUUUCCAGCUUAUCGCGUCAGCAGACCCAUGUCUUUCACUGGAUGAGCUUCGUGUGGCUCUGAACGUCCAACCCGGAUCCUCGAUCUGGAGUUCUUCAACUAUGCAUCCCUCCGGAUUCACUUUGGCCUCGACAUAUGGUGGCAGUCUAUUGGAGAUUGACGAGGAGGACUCAUGUAUCAGGUUCAUUCAUCACAGUGUCCUGUUACACCUCGUUCAAGCCCCGGCGUUGCCUGCAGCUUCUCCUUACCACUUUCAUCUGCAUCAAGCAGAGUUUGAACUCGGUGCCAUCUGUGUCACUUAUCUCAACUAUGGGGUAUUCGAGAAUAGCAUGUCACAUGCCCAGAAUGUUUCGUUUGACAAGAUUCCUGGUACUGUGGCAAACUCGAUCUUAAGUCCAAAUGCCCUGACAAGAAGACUCAUUUCCCUUAUGUCCCUCGACAGGCGAGCCAGAGCUUCCAACGUAGAUCUAGAGCGAUUGAACUAUGACCUACACCAGUAUCGAUCAGAAAUCCAAGACGACAUCCAUCUGUUCCUCCCUUAUGCCAGCAAACACUGGCUCAGACUUACCAAGUGUUUCUCCGAGGCUAUCGACCCAUUGAUUUAUUCACUCUGGGAGAAUUUGGUGUCCGGUUCUGUAUCGUCCGCAUCAUCCAGCCUCCCUUGGUCUCCAGGCUCCGUGGCCGGUGCAACGAAAUGGUCCCUCUACAACCGUCACGGACCAUUGUUCCGACAUCUAUUGGGUAGCUCCGACGCCGUCGUCGUCAAGGAAGUCCUUCGGAUUACACUCACAGUGAUCAAACAGUAUAAAGUGGACCUGGAAACAUCAACAGCGGAGGCCUACCCCAUUAUCUCAAGACUAAAUGAACUACACCACCACUAUCUACGCCACGAGUUCUUCCUAUCGGGAGAAGACGCUGGGCUCCUGGUCCCCACGUACCUACUACAUAUGGGUCUCGAUGUACCAGUGCUCAAUUAUUUAGUCGAAAUGGAAUGCCUGCCUUUUGGCACUGGCGAUAAAUAUUGCCAGUUCAAAGACCCAGUUGCCGUCGAAAUGGCUCUCGGUACCAUCGCCCGACAUGGGAUACCAAGAGUUCUACUUUUCCUUCAACAAGAAAGUCAAGAGGAAGCGGACAGGGACAGAUGCAUCAAAUCUGCGCUACUUCUUGCGCACUAUCUUCCCAGCAUUGAUACUACCCUUAGCAAUGGUUCCACCAUUUUACAUACCGCUAUCAAGCAUGGAUUUGAGGACCUUGCAGAAACACUGCUCAAAGACCGAGGAGCAGAUCCAGACGGCGCCCGUCUCCAGGGCAUCUCCAGCCCCUUGCAGCUGUGUCUUCAAAAGAAGUUCAGGCACCUAGCUGUAAUACUGACCCAAAUGGGGGCUGACAUCAUCGCGACGCCAGACAACGGCCUUCCUCCAUUCUUUUUAGCCAUGGGUUUACGUGAUUUGCGGCUUUUUGAUGCAAUGUGGCACGGAAAUCCCCAUCGAUCAUCGCGCCAAUACGGUCCAAAGAAAGAAACAGCGUUCCAAUUUGCGUGCAGGGUCUACUGCGAUCCGAUUAGCAAAGACUAUCCAGACAUCUCAGAUGCUCUCGAUAACAUCCUCGCCAAGGACCCCGACGUGAACCGUCCCAACGGUGACGGUGAAACCCCGCUGAUGAUCACUGCCAUGACGGGCAAUCUUGAGUUGAUGGUACGACUCUUAGACCAAGGGGCGGAUCCAACACUUGCGGGUGUUAAUGAGGCAACGCCUCUUCAUCUGGCAGUGGGGGAUACAGUUGCAAAGCUGCUUGAGGUUGGUGUUGACCCGAACAAGGUGACACCUGAUGGCGUAUCACCGCUCAUGGUGGCCUCACUCCUAGGCGACAUUGCUGCUGUCAAGAUCCUCAUUCACGGUGGUGCGCUGCGUUUCCAGGCUGUCGCUGGUGCGGGGCCUCUGUCAGAGGGUGGAAAGGCACUCUUCAGAAUGUCAAAGAGAUGCCCGAGAUUCUACGACGCGGAAAGCUCUACUCGCAAUGUAACAGUAGACAAGAUCGAGGCAGGUGAUACAGCCCUCUCACUCGCCAUAGCUCGGCUGGAGUUUAUGACUGGCGAUAAGGAGCAAAUCAGUCGUCUACGUCAGAUUGUGAAGGACACUGUCAAUAAGGAUGCCCAGAACAAAGUCAGGGCAAAGGUCACGCAUAUCACGGAACGAUGGGAUGACUUCGAGACGAUUGUGCUUGAAUUGCUCUCACGGAAGCAUGGCGCAGUGCUUUGGCCAGAGAGGGAAGCUAUCACGCGCCGGUACCGACACACACAUUGCUGGCAAACAAUCUUAGUCGCGACCCGUUGA